AGAAUCCCUGAGAGAACGGGAGAAGAAAUCUUUAACUGCUGCUGGUCUUGAUCUGUUCCUACAAAUUCUUCUGCAAUAGAAGAGGCUGCUUCAUCCAAAAGUAGGACUUACACAAGGUGUAAAUGCAACUUCUGUGUGCAUGUUGUGAAAAAUGGAGAUUGUUAAAGAUGAGGUUGAAGAGAUGAGUAAUUUAGAUCCAUUCAGAGUGAAAUAUGAAGAUACGGAGGAACGAACAGAUCUGCUGGAAAUAAACAAUGAAAGUGAUGAAGUGAAUGGACUGGAGGAGACACAUCAGUAUCAGAAACCUCAUCAGUUCAAAAAGAAAGAAAUAUCUUCUGAUUGCUCGGAGAUGGAAAAUACUUGUUCAAACACAAGGCAAAGAACAAGAAGAAGAAAAUCUUUCACUUGCCCUCAUUGUGAAGAGGGCUUUGCUUUGAAAACAGACUUUGAGCUGCACAUGAGCGGCCACACUGGAGAAAAGAUGUUCACCUGCCCUCAGUGUGGAAAACAGUUCUCGUACAGAGAACAGUUUCGAAACCACAUAAGAACUCACACUAAAGAGCGUCUACACUCAUGUCUUCAGUGUGAAAAGAGUUUUAGAGAGAGUAGUAUGCUUAGUAACCACAUGAGAAUUCACACCGGAGAGCGACCAUACACGUGUAUUCAGUGUGGAAAGAGUUUUACAAAGAAUAGCACGCUCAAUGAACACAUGAGAAUUCACACUGACGAGCGCCCGUACACGUGUGUUCAGUGUGAAAAGAGUUUCAGACAGAGUAGUGCGCUUAAUAAACACACGAGAAUUCACACUGGAGAGCGCCCAUACACAUGUGUUCAGUGUGGAAAGAGUUUUAGAGAGAAUAGUAUGCUUAGUAACCAUAUGAGAACUCACUCUGAAGAGCGCCCGUACCCAUGUCCUCAGUGUGGAAAGAGUUUUAGAGACAAUAGUACGCUUAAUAACCACAUGCAAACUCACUCUGAAGAUCGCCUGUACCCGUGUCCUCAGUGUUUGAAAAGAUUUAGACAGAGAAGUGCCCUUAAUGCCCAUUUGAAAAUUCACACUGGAGAGCGCCCCUACACAUGUGUUCAGUGUGGGAAGAGUUUUAGAGAGAGUGGUACGCUUAAUAACCACAUGAGAACUCACUCUGAAGAUCGCCUGUACCCUUGUCCUCAGUGUUUGAAAAGAUUUAGACAGAGAAGUGCCCUUAAUGCCCAUUUGAAAAUCCACUCUGGAGAGCGCCCAUACACAUGUGUUCAGUGUGGAAAGAGUUUUAGAGAGAAUGGUGCACUAAAUGACCAUAUGAAAAUUCACACUGGAGAGCGCCCAUACCCGUGUCCUCAGUGUGUGAAAAGUUUUAGACAGAGAAGUGCACUUAAUGCACAUUUGAAAAUUCACACUGGAGAGCUCCCAUACACGUGUGUUCAGUGUGGAAAGAGUUUUAGAGAGAAUAGUGCGCUUAAUAUCCACAUGAGAAUUCACACUGGAGAGCGCCCAUACACAUGUGUUCAGUGUGGAAAGAGUUUUAGACAGAAUGGUGCGCUUAGUGAACACAUGAGAAUUCACACUGGAGAGCGCCCAUACACAUGUGUUCAGUGUGGAAAGAGUUUUAGACGGAAUUGUAAGCUUAACGCCCACAUGAGAAUUCACACUGGAGAGCGACCGCAUGUAUGUGCUCAAUGUGGAAAGAGUUUUACACAGACAACAAGUCUAAAGACCCACAUGAGAACUCACUCUAGAGAGACUUCUAACACAACUUCGGUUGCGUAUUUGGAGUUUUCGCAGGAGAGCGCCCUCUGGCUUUUGGAUGCAGCAGGAUUUUCCCAUCUGCUGGAAAUGAAAGAGGAAAGUGAUGAACUGAAUGGACUGGAGGAGACACAUCAGUAUCAGAAACCUUAUCAUUUCAAAAUGGAAGAAAUAACUUCGGAUUGCUCGGAGAUGAAAAAUACUUCUUCACAAACAAGGCAAAGAACAAGAAGAAGAGAAUCUUUCACUUGCCCUCAUUGUGAAGAGGGUUUUGCUUUGAAAACCGACUUUGAGCUGCACAUGAGCGGCCACACUGGAGAAAAGAUGUUCACCUGCCCUCAGUGUGGAGAACAUUACUUGUGCGGAGAACAACUUCGAGACCACAUAAGAACUCGCAUUGAAGAGCGCCCGUUCUCAUGUCUUCAGUGUGGAAAGAGUUUUAAACAAAAGUGUACACUUAAUACCCACAUGAUAAUUCACACCGGAGAGCGGCCAUACCCGUGUCCAUACCAGUGUGGAAAGAGUUUUAGAGAGAAUAAUACGCUUAAUAAACACAUGAGAAUUCACACUGGAGAGCUCCCGUACACGUGUGUUCAGUGUGGAAAGAGUUUUAGAGAGAAUAGUGCGCUUAAUAAACACAUGAGAAUUCACACUGGAGAGCGCCCGUACACAUGUGUUCAGUGUGGAAAGAGUUUUAGAGAGAAUAGUACGCUUAAUAAACACAUGAGAAUUCACACUGGAGAGCGCCCGUACACGUGUGUUCAGUGUGGAAAGAGUUUUAGAGAGAAUAGUGCGCUUAAUAUCCACAUGAGAAUUCACACUGGAGAGCGCCCGUACACAUGUGUUCAGUGUGGAAGUAGUUUUAGACAGAAUGGUGCGCUCAAUGAACACAUGAGAAUUCACACUGGAGAGCGCCCGUACACAUGUGUUAUGUGUGGAAAGAGUUUUAGACACAACGGUAUGCUCAAUGUACACAUGAAAAUUCACACUGUACACCGCCCGUACCCGUGUCCUCAGUGUGGAAAAAGUUUCAGACAGAGUAGUGUGCUUACUAAACACAUGAAAAUUCACACUGCAGACCACCCUUACCCAUGUCCUCAGUGUGGAAAAAGUUUUAGAGAGAAUGGUGCGCUCAAUAUCCACAUGAGUAUUCACACUGGAGAGCGCCCGUACACAUGUGUUCAGUGUGGCCAGAGUUUUAGAUUGAAAAGUACGCUUAAUUUCCACAUGAGAAUUCACACUGGAGAGCGCCCGUACACAUGUGUUCAGUGUGGAAAAAGUUUCAGACAGAGUAGUGUGCUUAAUAAACACAUGAAAAUUCACACUGGAGAGCGGCCGUACACAUGUGUUCAGUGUGGAAAGCGUUUUACAACGAAUUAUAACCUUAACGCCCACAUGAAAAUUCACUCUUGAGACAAUUCUUACACACUCAAACGUUCAGCCUGGACAAUUGUUUAGAGAGUUUUCCAAACCUGCAAGAUGCCAAGAACCAUCUGGUAAGAAUGCGUUCAUUGUUGAGGAAUGGAGGAUUUGAAAUUCCAGAGUGGAUAAGUAAGAAGCCAGAUCUGAAAGUAUGAACUCAACUCAACUUUAUUUAUAUAGCGCUUUUUACAAUUUUCAUUGUUACAAAGCAGCUGUACAUGAGACACAUUGAAUACAAGUAUGAAUUCUAAAGCAGCCCCCCCGGCCAGGCAGAUAGUGCAAAAUAAUAUGCAAACGGUGGUGAGGAACCCAAAACUCCCGUCGAGAAAAAAAAACCUCAGGGGAACCCAGGCCCAACCAGGGGAUUCCAGUUCCCCUCUGGCAAAAGCUGCUGCCUCUGCACAAGCUCAACAGUGCUUGCACAACAAGGCUUAAUAAAAAUAUAAAAAUUAAGGAUUUAAGAUUGUCAUUAACAAUCUAAUAGUAUUUGAAAUGUUGUAGGAAAAACAAAGUUGUCGCGUCCUUUAUCCAGCUCUAUCAUCUCAGCUCUUGUCAGGUCACCGCUUCCCAUUCUCAGCUCUGCCAUCAGGUCUGGGCAUGAACUGCAUCCUGCGGUAACCUUGGAACAAAGAGACAAGACUGGCUGAGAGUAGAGUACUGUUCUGCACUCUUUGAUGCAGCAAGUACAUCAUUUGUUGUUGGAUGUGUUCCUGGUUCCGGUUGAUCUAAAUAAUGCAGCCUAAAUCCUCUGGGGCCAGUUGUUCAAAACAUUUAAUCUGGAUCAAAAUUAUCCGCAUUUGGAAAUCCCCUUUUUCCUAUCCAGGAUCAUGUAAUCCAUCUUACUUUUAUGCCGGUUUUUCAAAGCAACAUUGGACUGGAUCACUCUGAUCCAGAUACACAGUUUUCAAGAUUACCAAAUCCGGAUUACAGUGCUCUAAAUGGGACAACAUAUCACAAUGUGGGCUAUGUAAAGAACAGGUAGAAGGAAGAGCCAACAUAGGGUCACUGUAAGUGUUUAUUUUGAGCCAAAACACAAAAAUAACAUAAACAUCCACUUCCAUUCAUAAUUUAACUUUAAUUAAAUUAUAUUAAAUAAUAAUUAUAUUAAAUAAUUACUUUUAUGACCCCUCAUCUGAACCACAACAAAUAAAAAACAAAUAUACAUUAACAAAUACAUAGUGGAUAUUUUGAAAACAUCUUUAAAAAAUAAAAUGGCUAAAUAUCCAAUUGUUAACGAAAUAAAGAAUGUUCAGGGUUCUUCUUCAUCUGAGGAGGAGAGACCAGCAUUUCCAAGCCCUGCAUUUAGGAGGCGGAUCUGAAGUUUCGCUUUGGUUUGCUGCAGUUUGGUCAGCUUGAUUUGUUCCUCUGCCAGGAGUAUCUGUGCUUCUGCUCUUUCAGUUCCUCGUUUAAGAAGUGAUUCAUAGGCAUCAUCAUUAUUAUUCGGCAAAGGAUGCUUCAAGCCUCUUUUCUGAGCUCCUGUGACUGCUGGCUCUACCAGUGAGGAUCCAGGUUGUUCUUCAAUAAUAGGGCUGAGAUCCAGAAUGAAUGUUUCCUCUGCAUUAGGAAGAACUGGCUCACUUUCCUCUACAAUUGUAGGCUCACCAUCCCCUACAACACCAUGAAUCCCAUGCAGAGCUUUAGAGUUCUCACCUCCAAUAAUGUCCAGAACCACAUCUGUGUAUUCACCUUUCUUAAAGGGUUUGUUGCCUGUUUGGGUGUUUUUUGCCUCAGCAAGGUCCUUCGUUGCUCUGGCCCUCAGAUUCUUCGAUCUAAAUUUCACUUGCUCCAAGGUCCUCUUCUGGCCAGACCCCAUUGCAUUUACAUUCUGGGUGAUUUCAACCCAAAUGUCUUUCUUCCUUUUGUUAGUCACCAUUCCACCUGCAACAGAGCUUCCUACUAUUGAGGAAUAAUGGCACUUAACACCCUCCAGCAGUGCAUGGGUUUCUGCAACAGUGAAAUUAGGUCCUUUUGAGUCCAUGGUUUCACCGCUUCUGUUGUAGUGAACAUAGUAUUUGUAGGCCUUGGGCAUGAUUGAUUUAAUUGAACACAAGCCACAGCACGUCAGACAAUUGGUGUGUGGGUAUUUGACAGCCAUCUUAUAUUCAGCCUUUCUCAGAGGACUUAGAGAGAGACACUGACAUGGCAGGUAUUGUCCAUCGCUACCACCGUGUUGGUGGAAGAGGAUACCGUCAAAGGGUGUAUGUUGAGCGUGCACAACCACUGGAGCACUACACCACUGAAGAACUGUAUGCUCGCUUUCGCUUUGGGAAUGCUGAUAUUAAGUACAUUGCAGACCUUGUCAGGCCAAAACUUCAACGGAGAACCCGAAGGAGCCACAGUCUGUCUGUGGAAGAACAGGUCCUCAUUGCUCUGCGCUUCUAUGCAUCUGGUACUUUCUACCAAGUUGUUGGUGACAAUAUAGGAGUGGACAAAUCAACUGUGAGUGAUGUAGUGAAAGCUGUGUCAAUUGCAUUGGCCAGCCUGGUCAAUCAGUUUGUUUCACUUCCAAAGGAUGUCCAGAUUGCCCAGACCAAGCACAAGUUUUUUCUUUUGGGGAAUAGGCCCAAUACUAUUGGGGUUAUUGACUGCACUCAUGUGCAUAUCCAAGCACCUCAUGAGAGGGAUUGGGAGUACAUCAACAGAAAGGGGAGGCGCAGCAUCAACAUCCAACUUGUGGGCGAUGCUGACCUCAUCAUCACAAACUGUGUCGUGAAGUGGCCUUGGUCUGUUCAUGAUGCACGCAUCCUGAUAGAGAGUGCUUUAUACAGAGAGCUCCAAACCAACCGACCGGAUGGCAUAAUAUUAGGAGACAGUGCCUAUCCACUCCUACCAUGGCUGAUGACUCCUUUUCUUGCAGCAACCACACCUGCGCAGGCACGCUUCAACACUGCUCAUUGCAAAACAAGAUGUGCAAUUGAGCGUUUAAAUGGAGUUCUGAAGAGACGCUUUGCAUGCCUUAACUACUUGCGAGUGGAACCACAGGGAGCAUGCAACAUAAUACUUGCGUGUAUCGUCCUGCACAACAUCGCUACCAGGCGCAAUGUCCCUCUCUGUGAUGAUGUUUGUGAUGCACCUGAGCCUGUUGAAGAACCAGACCAACCUCUGGUGGUCUGUCAGAAUCAGGGACUGACUGGACGUAUAGUAAGGGAUGCAAUUGUUAGACAUUAUUUUUGACAGGCUCAUCUCUGAUGAUUGUUUCUUUGAAAUUAAUAUACGGUGAUGAAUGACCGAAAAAUGAAUAUAUUAUUUUUGUUUAUUGAAAUCUGUUUGGGGGAUUAUUUCAUGGGGACACGAUAAUUUUUAUUUUAUUUUUACUUUACUAUACUGAAUAGCUUAAUUGUUAGCCUAUGUCUACUUUAUCACUGUUACAACGGUUACACAAGUCAAGUGCAAAAUAUAAAUAAAAGUAUAUACACUAAAUGAUACAAAUGUAUUAUUUGACCAAUUUUAAAGUUUUACUACAUUUUCUUCCUGAAAUCCACCUUGAAAUCCUACCCCCUGUUGGGAUCAGGAUAAUCCUGUAUUUUUUUGGAUCAUAGUUAUCCAAAUCCCACUGACAAGUUUUGAACAACACAAACUGAAGGUUUGAUCCAGAUUAAAACUAGGAUUGGAUUCCCUGAUCUAAUCUGAUUUCAGAUUCCUUCUUUCCCUUUUGAACAAUUCAUUUUCAAGAUUUGAUCCAAUCCGAUAACCAAAAUCCGAUCAGUUUACCUUUGAACAACUGGCCCAUCAUGUUGACUGCGGCGCCGCGCGGACUAACGUCAUGUUUGGUGCGCACACCCAGGCGAACUAGCGACUGCGUCGACCAUAAUCCAGCCUUUAGGCAGUUCAUUGCCAUACAAAGCAGCCAUGGUUCUCCAUACUAGUUCCAGUUUAGAAUCAAAUCAUGUUUUUCUUUUGGAUCUUUAAGAUCCACGGUUUUUAUUCUGAGAGUGCUGCUGUCCUUAGUGUGUCCUAAAAUAGAAGUCGUCGUGACGUGACGGAUGUUACGGAGUAUAUACCCGAAAUAUUAACUUAUUUCACUAUUCAUCCUUCUUUUCAAUUUUUACUCUUUUACUUUUUAAUAAUUUGUUCACAGACACAUUAUAAUUUAGUUUUAUAUCUUAUUUUUGUUGUUUUUGGAAAAGAGUUUUGUAUCUGCAUUGCGUUGUGACGUCAUUUCUGGUAAACUCACGUUGCGUCAUCAGAUCGCUUUGAGCUGCUGAUGAGAGGUAAGCAAUUAGCGAUGCUUUCUCAGCACAUGUUGGUAAAAGUUUAUAAAAGUUUGAUUAAUCCAACGGCAUCUAGUAAUAUUGUUGUUCACAGUGUUAUGGAUAUAUAAGAAAGUGUUUUGUGAAUGGUAUGAUUGUAUUAAUGGUUUUAUUACCGAGUGCAGCGGUUUGAUUAUGUGUGUGUGCGUCAACAAAGCGGAUUAAAUAACAGAUCUUAAUCUGUUUAGGUGAAAAGUCACAUGCGAAUAAUGCACUCAUGCUGUGCUCUCUUUAAUCCAUCCAGGUUUGCUUAAAUCUGUUCGGUUUCUUAUUACAUCCAUUUUGUGUCGAUUGUUCAUCUUUCAGUUCAUGAUUGAUUUAAAACUAGCUGCAGGGCCCGGUUUUUCAAAAGUAAUCCACUAGGAAUUUUGGAUAACGGAUUGGAUCAAAUCUUGAAAAUGUGUUUUUCAAAAGAAAAAACGGAUUACAUAAUCGGAUCAGAUCACGUAAUCCAUUCUUGGUUUUGGAUCAAACCUUUAGUUUGGGUUUUUCAGAACUUUUUUGUAGGAUUUGGAUCACUUUGAUCCAAAAAAUCUGGAUUAAAUUGAUCCCAUCAGAAGGGUGGAUUCAGUGUGGAAUCAAUGCCCAAAAUGCAAUAAAAACUUUACAUUUUUUUAAGUAAUUCUAUAUUUGGAUCAUGCAGUAUCUUACAAGAUUUCAUAUUUAUUCAUAAGGUUUUAAUUUUAUUUGUUCAUCCGUCAGGCUACAGUGAUUAGGUAGGCUUUAACGUAUUCAGCCUUUCAGUGUAGGGCUACAGCAAAGUAGAAAGAGUUUGGCCUCAUAAAAUAAUCCUCCAAACAACUGUCAAAAUUGACCAAAAACAAUACAUUUUAUUCUGUCACUAAUUGAUAUAUAUAUUCAUCACAAUCGAAAUUAUUUUUGUUUUUAGAAUAUGUAUUAGUGAUGCAUGCAAUGAUUACAGAAUAACCAAAAAAAUGCAAAGAAUGGCAAUCACUGAUUUUUGAAAUCCAAAUCCAAAUCAGAAAUAGUGUCUAACUAUUUCGUCCCUUGUUGCACGUCCUGUUUGCUCAUUCUGGCAGAAUGCAGGAGGUUGGUUAGGGUCUCCAAGGGGCUCAGGGGCAUCAUUGUCAGCAGAGAGAGGGAUAUUGCGCUUAGUAGCAAUGUUGUGCAGGACAAUAAUUAUGUUGCAUGCUUGCUUUCUGUGGUUCCACUCUCAGAACUCCAUUUAAACGCUCAAUUGCUCAAUUGUUUGUGUUCAGAUGAGCAGACUGCUGGAAGAGGAUGGGGUGGGGUUUUUCUCUUGUUUUAGUUUUUUUUAAAUGUGUGUGUUUUCAUUUCAAAUAAAAAUAAAUUUAUAUUGACCCCACACUGGCUAUUCUACUUGUUGCUCUUUACAUAUCUAUAGUUCUACAUUGUGAUUCCCUAUCCUGUUUAAGCACUGGUUAUCCAGCACUGGUUAUCCAGAUUUGGUGAACCCGAAAAGUUCCUAUCCGGAUCAGAUUGAUCCAAUCCGAUGUUGCUUUAAAAAACUGGCUCCAAAAGUAAGCUGGAUAACGUGAUCACGGAUCGCAAAAAAAGGAUUACUAAAUCCGGAUUAAACCUUUUGAAAUACCGGGCCCAGGAGAUUAUUUUGUAUGUCUAGAUAAGUGUUUGAAAUAAUUCAUUUUGUGCUUAAUGCGCUUUGUAAUGUGUUUUAGGCGUUUUGAUUUGUCAUUGUGAUGUGUAUUGAGGUCACUUUGAGCGAGCUGAGGAGAGGUGAAAAGUCACAUUUACUCAUAUGCUGUACUCUCUUUAAUCCAUCCAGAGCCAUCUAAAGGCCUCAUAAUAAAAUCUCCAUCAGCAACA